AUGUGUGAUAAUAACAGUCCUUCGACGCAAAGUAUAGCGGACUACUUAGCUCAGUUGCUCAAAGACAGGAAGCAACUGGCUGCGUUCCCGAAUGUUUUCAUGCACAUGGAACGACUUUUGGAUGAAGAAAUAGCCAAAGUGCGCGCGAGUUUAUUCCAAAUAAAUGGAGUCAAGAAAGAGCCCCUCAUCCUACCAGAGCCCGAAGGCGUUGUCACCACACUAACAGAAAAAGUAUACGUGCCAGUUAAAGAACAUCCAGAUUUCAACUUCGUGGGAAGGAUCUUAGGGCCGAGAGGUAUGACCGCGAAGCAGUUGGAGCAGGAAACGGGCUGCAAAAUCAUGGUCAGAGGAAAAGGCUCCAUGAGAGAUAAGAAAAAGGAGGACGCCAACAGGGGCAAGCCCAACUGGGAGCACCUAGCUGAUGACCUCCACGUGCUUCUCACAGUUGAAGACACGGAGAACAGGGCAAAGAUCAAACUUGCCAGGGCCGUUGAGGAGGUCAAACGCCUCCUUGUUCCCCAAGCGGACGGGGAGGACGAGCUGAAGAAGCGCCAGCUGAUGGAACUGGCCAUCAUCAACGGCACCUACCGCGACUCCAGCGCGAAAGCCGUCGUGCCAGUCAACGGUCAGUGCCUCAUAACGGACGAGGAGUGGCGGCGCGUGGCGGCCGCCGCGGCCGAGACGCAGCGGCUGCUCGCGCCGGGCGGCGGCGUGGCCGGCGUCGGCGGCGUGGCGCUGCGCACGCAGGCCCCGCUCGGGGCGCCCCUGAUCCUGUCGCCGCGCAUGUCCGGCCCCGGGGCGCAGGCGGGCCUGCUGAACGGCACCGGCGCCAGCGCGGCCGGCCUGCUCUCGCCCGGCGAGCCCGCCCACCAGCUGAUCUACGCGUCGCCGUACGCUGACUACGCGAACUACGCGGCGCUCACCGCCGCCGCCAACCCGCUGCUCACCGCCGAGUACGCGGCCGCCGACCACACCGCGUCGAGGUGUGGUGCGGAGGGCGGGUCGGCUCGCGCAAGUGAGGGAGCACCCUUACCAGCGCACUGCCUUACCGGCGCCUUAAUUCCCGCCAAAACGCUCUCGCGCCGCCAUUUUGUUCACAAGGAGAGUGCUAACGGCGCUGAGGAACUAACAGGAGAAGCGGCCGCCCGCCCCGCGGAGACCCUAGCCGCCGCG